AUGGAGGACGUGAAGAUCAAGCCGGAUCCUGAGAACGAGGGCUCGCCUGCAGGCCUCAGCGAGGAGGAUAUCUACGAAGAGGCAGGAGAUCUGGAAUUCAACCCCGAUCCAGCAUUCCAAAAGCUCUAUCUCGCUCGAGUGCCGAAGUACCUAUGGGAGGCAUGGUCAAAACUCGAUGAUGAUGCGGAGAUACAGAUUGGGACAAUUCGACAGAGUGCAACACCCCAGGGCGCAACUAACCUGCUGCAGACAACACGCCUUUCGAUGCUUCUCACCUCCGAUAUUGCUGCUCAUCAAGCAAUUCCUAAGGAGUUUGACCUAGACGUGACCGCCGAGACCGUCAACAAUACCUAUGUGUUCACAGAGAAGGACCUGCCUGGCUUCAAGUCUAGAUCGAGAGCCAAAUUCGACCCCGCAAGCGCGAACAUGCCUGCCCGACUCACCCGCCCGAAGAAUGACAAGCCAAUUACCAAGCAGCCAUAUGACCCGAACAAGCGGUUCCAGCCAUACUUCAGAAAGGCAAUCCCGAAGAAGACCACGCUUGCAGGUAGGAUCGGCCAUGAAGUCAAUUGUGUUGCAGUCGACAACCAGGAGUCACAGCGCAUUCUGGCGGAGAGAACUCUGGAGGCUAUGCGUCCCAAGCUACAUACUAAAUACAUCAAGGAUGAAGAAACCCUGGGAGUCACCUUCAUCCAACCUGGAACCAUGGGCGCUCAGAAAUCCUUCAACUCUUUUAUUAAAACAAAGAAUCCAGCUACGAAGGAGCGUCCACAAAUGACGAAGACCGCCCGUAUGCCCCAGAACGAACUUCUGGACCGCAUCUUUGAAUGCUUCAGAAGAUACAAUUACUGGUCUCUGAAAGCUCUCCGCAACGAACUCAAACAACCAGAAGUCUACCUGCGAGAAACCCUCGAUUUAAUUGCUGUUUUAGCAAAAAGUGGAAAGUUUACAGGCAAUUGGUACCUGAAGCCCGCGAAUAGACCUGAGAACUACGAUGGGGGUGAUGAAGCAGCGCCGCUCGAGGGCACCGUAGCCGAUGAUAGUGAUAUGGCGGAUGGGGAAGACGGAGAAGACGACGAGGAUGUAAAGUUCGAGGAUGUUUGA